AUUUUUAUAUUCAUAUCUAUCCACACUUCGUGUCAGUUCAAUGAUAAAUGUGACUAGCAAUGUAUACCUUUCCUUUACGACACCCUUGACUGCUGCCAUGUUUCACAUGUCGUUACUAGCACUGAAACGCCGCUUUCGAUAGAAUUAUUAAUGAAACUUUAAACGACAGUUAUCCCGUCCUCCUGUGAAACGUUUUUUUAAAUCAGUUUCGGCUACUUUGUCUUGGGUGAUGGUUAUGCUCGGCGUUAAGUCAAACGUAGUGGUGCUACUGCUAUCAAUAGGCUUUCUCUCUGUGGGCUGAAGUUUGAAGUGCGGUGUUGGCAGCUCGUGAUACAGACCUACAACUCUGCCUGGCGCCACACACACACACACACACACACCUGUGCUGGUCUUCAAUGUUCUUCAGUUGUUGCUAUUGGAGUAGGCUACUUGGUCCAACAUUUAAGUGUGGUGUAAAAGGAAAUGUGAUUUUAUUUUUUUAUUGAUCGUUAUUAGUUACGUAUCCCCAUACACAUACAUACAUGCAUACAUGCAUACACAUAUACAUACAAUCACUACAACGGGCCAUUUAUAAGGGAUAUGGCAUAGUGUACAGAGGUUUUCCGCUGGUAUUCUCUUCCUUUCUGCUCUGGGCGAGCACCGUCUAUAGUUACCAAUGGAUUUGAGUGACAGCCUUGUGGUGGUGCUUACCUCUCCGCCACAGGUAGGGCCCACAUCGUACAACGUUGCAAGUUCCGAUAGGUCAUAUUGAAAGAUAGUGUUUUUUUUUUAUACAUAUAAAUUAAAGAUAGGCUUAGGAUAUCUGCAUACUCACUAAUUCAAAACCGAAAAACCAUGUAAUCCCUCUGACACACCCAUUUCAAGCUGUCUAAUACGUGGAUCAUCUGCUAAGCCUUUUUUGCCUAUGUGCGGCAAUGCAAUAAAAAAAAGCACUGCUCUGUUUUGAAACCACAACUUGUUAAUUUUCUAUUAAUACUGUCAUGUUUGAUGGCUUCAGAUUUUCAAGCCUAUAAACAAGCGAGUCUUCCACCCGUCUUUGCUUGUGGUUUAGUCUCCAUGGAAACUCCUGUUGGUGCGCUGGUGUUCCAUGCCUGAGCUCGAGUGCAAUAGAAAGCCCUUUUGAGAACGACAAUGUCAAGAAAGAAUAUGCGGGCAUGCAAAUUUGUUUUUCUACUAUCUCCAUUUCUCAGGUCUCAGGCCAGUCUAAUGCAGUAUAGCCUGGCUGGCUUGGUGCAGAGAUACCCUGAGGUCAUAGGAGGGGAGAGCUAGCAUACUGAUCUAUGGCUCUCCAUUAAUGAUGGUGUUCAGUGAUGGAUGUUUCAGAACCUGUUGUCUAUUUACAGAGCCUCCUAUUUUAUUUUGUAUAUAUUGGCACAUCCUCGAGAGGAUUUCAUGUCAUAAUUCUACAGUGGAAGCUUUGCCAGAAGCUUUCACAGUUUCUGGAGAUACAAUCGAUCCGUCUACUGCAAUUUAAUUUUGUGCCUGUAGGGCAGUACUGUAAGCUAUGAGAUGUGCAGACAAUAGGAUUGUGUGUUUGUGUUGGCAUGGGGCGAUACUGUCCCUCCCUGGAACCUUACAGUCCCUCAGGCUAUCGACAGUAUUGUCUUGGAAUCGUGGAAACUGCUAAUCGACAGAAAAUACUCCAAUUAGAGUGUGUGUGUGUGUGUUAUGUGGCUGUCAGCACAUGUGUUGGUAUAGCGCUGAACCUGGGAAUAUAUUGUAAUUCAUCAGAUUAUAUCAUGCCGUACUGUACGAAGUGGCUGCUGGUCUGCAGCAUCUGGACAGCAGCUUACAACAUCUGAUAAGCCUUUUAAAAGCACCGUUACCAUAAGCUGUUUAAAAGGCGUUUAUGGGAUGGUUAACGACACGUUACAGGUUAGAGUGCUGGCUAUGUGUCGACUCCAGGCUAGAUGCCUAAUGUCUUACUGGCUCCUCUCCACUGUAUCUGGAUAGUUUGCGCUUUAACCGCUGAAAACACAAUUCAAAGUAACAUGAAUUAAUGUUGUCAAGCGCUGAGACUGGGGAAAGAGCUGUGAGAGGGAGAAACCCGUCUCCGCUAAUUAAAGCUCUGUGAGGAGACAAUCUGAAAAAAGCGAGACCACUAGUUGUGUCCAAGAGCGGCGUGUUCCUAGGAGGGGGGCUUUCAGUCCUCUGCCAGCUUCAGAUACCGUGGCAUAGAAAUCUCUCCACCUUGCCAAUUUCCUGAAACGUUAGAUAUUGGUGGCACAAUGGGGGGAGAGAUUGAUGCAUGGCACACAUACCGAUACUGUGGUUUUACGUUCACCUGAUCAGCGGACUAAAAUACCACCCGCGGAUUAGGUAACAUCAGUUGCCUUAUUUGACAUAUUUUGACAUUUGUUCUCAACAAUUGUUUUUUGAAUCUCAGUAGACUACACUAUCAACUGGGUUGUCAUGGAGAAAGGAGAAAUGAUGUUUGGAUAGCCUCCAUAUAGUCGUAUACAAGUCUUUUUAAUGUGUAUGUCCAUCCAUUGAAACCAACUCAAGUCAUUGUUAUUCAGUUAAAGUAAUGGGUAAAGAUUGGAGUGGUUCUCUAUGGAGGCACCGUGUAGGACUGGGGAGAAAAGUAGUAUUACGAUGCAUCCUCAACGGUAUUUCGGGAGCAGUCGUUAAAUUGUAGUAACACUAAUUGUAAACGUCUUUUUUUCUUUGGCCAGCGGUGCUGUGGUAUGAGGAUCGGGAUAGCGUUUGGCCAGCCAAACACAGGUAGUCUCAGCCCCAAACUUGUUGGUUUCCUCAUAGAAUGCCCAACAUUGCCGUGUCCCUUAUCAUGCAAAUAUGAACUUCUUUGUCUCUCACCUGCUUUGCAAACCCCUGUCUUUUGCAUGACAAAACGUCGCAAAUGUAAAUCUUAAUUUUUUACAAAUUUUCUAAAUCCUUGGGAAAAACUAACAAAUUUGUAGGAUUUAUAUUCCUAUAUACAUGACAUUUUACCAUCUCCUUGUUCCUGAUCUCACUGCUGAAUAAGAAGAAAAAUAACUAAACUAGUGCUGAAAAACACCAUCCCUUCCUUAUGUCAUCCUAGCUUUUCUUCAACGUUGAAACCUGCAUUCCUUUAUUUUUUACGAUGGCCUUGAUGACUUUGACUAAGGCCAAAAUUUCCUCCAUUCCAUCUUGGCAUGUCCUUCAUAAGGUGUAGCUCCAUUAAUGAUUCACUCGCAUGUUACAUAAGAACCCCAAGCCGUCGCCACCUGACAGUCUUCUAGUCUUACACCCAAGGCUAGUGUUGGUGUCAGUGGCCGGGGCGAUGCUACGGUGCUGGCUCGGGUCGGGGACUUGUUGAGUUCUCCUUGAGGUCAGGGUGAUGCCGCGGGCACCGCCCUCGUUGUGAUCUUCGUCAGCGACCCCACAGGAAAACUGCAGACAAACAAAAUGGCGACGACGUCGCCCACCCACAGUGACAGCAGCGGCUCGUCCAAACACGACGGCGAGCGCUCAAGUGCACAGGACAGCUGGGAGAUCGUGGAGGGCCUGAGGGGAGGGCCAGCCAACAUCCAGGAGCCGGAGAGCCAGGAGGGCUACCUGCUGAAGAGAAGGAAAUGGCCCAUGAAAGGAUGGCACAAGAGGUACUUUGUUCUGGAGAAAGGCAUUCUGAAGUAUUCAAAGCGGGAAGCGGAUCUGAGGAAGGGAAAGCUGCACGGCUGCAUCGACGCCGGUCUGUCCGUCAUGACGAUCAAGAAGAAGGCCAUGUGCAUCGAUCUGGACACGGAGGACAACAUCUAUCACCUGAAGGUCAAGUCCCCCGAGCUGUUCGAGGAGUGGGUGGGAAAGCUCCGCAACCACCGCGUGUUCCGUCAGAACGAGAUCGCCAUGUACCCCCACGAGAGGCACCUGUUCCACCCCCACACCUCGCCCUCGGCCUCCCUCAACGACUCCAUGAGGAAGAGGGCCACACUCACCAAGCAGGCGUCCGUUCACCAGGCAAAGCUCAGUGCCUGGCUCCACACCUCGGAGGACAUGGAAAACUGCUGCAGAGACUUGGAGGAAUGUGGGUCCUACCUUUUGGAACUCAACCUGCUGCUGAAGAGCAUGGAAGUCCUUCACCGCACGUACUCCGCCCCAGCCAUAAGUGCACUACAGGCUUCGACGUACGACAUCCCAAAGAAGGAGAAACGGCCGAGAAGAUGGCGCUCCAAGAACAGCGGCAAGGAAGGCAAAACCUCCCUGCAGGUCCCCAGCUGCAUCUCCUCCAAAAACCCUCGCCUCCACGCCUCCAACCCCAACCUGUCCACCGCCGAGCCCGUCUCCCCCGACGCCUUCCCCGAGUCCCCGGACUCGCCUACCGAUGCCAACCGGCUACAGGAGGACUUCUGCAGGCUGGCCAACAACAUCCACACCACGCUGAAGUCGGCCUUCAGCUCCCUGUCGAUGGAAAGAGACCGUGUGAGGCACACCGUGGACCUGACAGCUCCUCAUUCGCAACAGAUUUUAGGCCUCAAGACUGCCUACUCCGGGGACUGCCCAGACACGUCCCGCCCCCUCGUCCACCAGGCUUCCAAUGACAGCAAAACUUCCAUCACGGAUUCCAUGUCCGAGUUCUUCGACGCCCAUGAGUACUUCCUCUCGUCUUCUUCCUCUGAGAACGAGGCAUCGGAUGACGAUUCCUACAUCAGCGAUGUCAGCGACAGUGUCUCCAUGGAUACCUACAGCAACGAGGGGGGCAACGAAAGGCAAACCUUAGACGGCGUCUACUCUUCCUCGGAGCCCCUGGUGCGUCGCCGCUCCACGCUGCCGUCGCCCAGCCCGGGCUGCGGCGGCGUGAGCGUGUGGAACAUCCUGCGCAACAACAUCGGCAAGGACCUGUCCAAGGUGGCCAUGCCCGUGCAGCUCAACGAGCCAAUCAACACGCUGCAGCGGCUCUGUGAGGAGCUGGAGUACAGCGAGCUGCUGGACACGGCCAGCCACACCCAGGACCCCCACCAGCGCAUGGUUUACGUGGCUACGUUUGCGGUGUCUGCUUACGCGUCCAGCUACCACCGGGCGGGCAGCAAGCCCUUCAACCCCGUUCUGGGAGAGACCUACGAGUGCUCCAGGACCGACAAGGGCUUCCGCUUCAUCGCUGAGCAGGUGAGUCAUCACCCACCUGUUUCCGCGUGUCACUGCGACUCAAAGAACUUCACCUUUAGCCAAGAUAUGCGCUGGAAGAACAAGUUCUGGGGGAAAUCCAUGGAGAUAGUUCCCAUGGGAACCACACAUGUCACCCUACCUGCGUUUGGGGACCACUACGAGUGGAACAAAGUGACCUCCUGCAUCCACAACAUCCUGAGCGGUCAGCGGUGGAUCGAGCACUACGGGGAGAUGACCGUACGCAACCUCAACAGCGACGGCUGCCAGUGCAAAGUCACCUUCGUCAAGGCAAAGUCGUGGAGCUCGACCGUGAACGAGAUCGAAGGCGUGGUGACGGACGCGGAUGGGAGGGUUGUACACUCCAUAUUUGGCAAGUGGCAUGACAGCCUCUACCAAGGGGACCCGCCCAUGUCCACUUGCAUCUGGAGAGCAAACCCCAUGCCCCUGGCCCACGAGCAGUACUACGGCUUCACCAAGUUUGCGGUGGAGCUGAACGAGCUGGCCCCCGACCUGAGGGCCCUCCUGCCCCCCACGGACACCCGCUUCAGGCCUGACCAGCGGAUGUUGGAGGAGGGUAACGUGGAUGGUGCUGAGGAACAGAAGCAGCGUCUGGAGCAGCUGCAGCGAGAGAGGAGACAGGUUCUGCAGGACAACAACUUGACUCACAAGCCACGCUUCUUCAGAAAGUCAAAGGACGACACUUGGGUGACCGACAACACGUACUGGGAGCAGCGGCGGGACCCUGGCUUCUCCAAGAUGGACUUUGCCCCUCUGUGGUGAUGAGAGGGGGGGGGGGGGGCUGGCUUCUGUCCUCUGUCCUUCUCGUGCCCCAUGCGUGGGCAUCUCCGUCCUCCCGCUGCAACACUGAGGAGGAAGGACGCCACGGACCAGUUGACCUGCUCCUGGAGGAUGCCGAGAUGCUUAGAACUCUCCUGGAGUCAUGGUGACCGUGACCAAUUAUGGAUUUCCUACUUCCUGUUUUUUUUUUUCUUUUUCUCUCUCUUCUGGACCAAAACUGAACAGGAUGGUGACGGCUGCUUCAUAUUUCACUCUCGCACUGCUGUUUUAAAUUAUGUUGAUCAAGAACUUUAGGGUACGGUUGAUCACCCUAUUUCUAUUUUUUUUUUUCCCACCUCAUCGGAAGGUGUAUUCUGAUUUGACAAGUGAGCUAUUAGUGUUGCUAAUGCAUAGUCCUAUUUAAUCUGUACACACACACCCACACACAUAUCACAAUCGUGCCUUUUUAAGAUAAUGCUGUUCUCAAACAACUGCUGUAGCAGUUAUAUGCGCAGAUACACACACACACACACACACACACACACACACACACACACACACACACACACACACACACACACACACACACACACACACACACACACACACACACACACACACACACACACACCACUAACACACUUAUGAUUGCCAUUUGAGGCAGACUACUUGAUGAUAUUAUCAAAUCAGAUUUCCAGAUUCAUUCUGUUUGGUGGAAAACAAAAUGUUUGAUGGGCCUCAAAGGUGAAACUUGGAUUUGUUCAUCCUAUUGGUGUUGGGACUACAUGAACUCAAACUACAACCAUAAUGCUGCCUUCUCGCCAUCAGUCAUUACCUUAGUAAUAGUGUUCCGCAGUUGAGGGGGAAAAUAAUGCAAUAAUACUUUGUCUGAAGGGAAUAAAAUGUUAAUGGGUUGAACAAACAGUUGUGCCUUGUUUUGAGUAGGAUACAAAGAGCAUAUCCAUAUAUGCCCAUUCCCUAUAGUAGCACUAUUGAAUAAGUAACCUUGAAUCAAUAAUGAUGUAGUGAAUAGUGAAUUCAUUGCGAAGUCAACAUUUGCAAAGCAGUCUUCCUACAUGAGUUUUCAUUCGUAAGCAAGUUAUAAAUUAUGAAUAAGAUAAUGAGGAAAUUAUUUAUACGAUUUAGAAAGCAACAAACAAUUUAUAAUUUGUUAAUGCUUUAUAAACACUUAAUAAUGCCAUUCAUGAAUAGUUCAGGUAGUUUAAUCUAUAACUUAAGUAUUUUGUGUUGGCUCAUCUCAAGUGAUGACUAUACAUGGCUUGCUACUUAUUACUUGGUACUACUGCAAUGAUGCCAGAGGAAUUUCCAUUCAUAUAAAUUCAUCAUUUAUUAAAUGCUUAGUAAGUCUUUCAUAGUCAUCACUUGAGAUGAGCUCACGCAAACGACCAGCCAGUGAAACCACUGGCUCGUUGACAACAAUGACACAACGAUGUAAUUUUAUUAACUGACAUUGUUUUGGGUGAGGAGCUCUAGGAAAAGGGGAGGAGUUAUGAUGAAACGUAAUGUGAAUCACCUGUGAUAUACUGGUAUCCGGAUAGGUGUGAAUCAGAGUGGUAAGUGUUCAACUUGUUAUUUAUUCAGAACUCGGAACAAGGUUACAAGGUAAACGGACCUGCACUCUUGUGGUGCUUCAUGAUAUAUACAUAUGCCAGGUAAAAAUGUAAAAUAUUUUUUAAUAAAGCGACAGUUUAAGACUGGAAGAAAUGUUGAAUAGCUUAAAUAAAAUGAAAAAGUUUGAAGUCCACUUGGAGUAAACAAUUUAGACAUUUACACCAUUUAAAAGAAUUCUAAUAGUUGGAAAAAUAUAUAUUCUAACAACAUGGCUGCAAUGAUCAAGUUUGAAUACAUUUUAGAUAAAAUAUAGAAUAGCUGAACUAUUGUGACUGGUUAGGAGUCAGAACUAAUUUAGCAUAUGUAUGAGAAUUUGUAGAUGUGCAGAAGACUGUCAUCGACGCCCUCCAGGAGGGAACGCCUCAAACGGUCAUUGCUCAAGAAGCUGGUUGUUCACAGAGUGCUCGUCUGAAUCACUUUUUAAAUUGAAUUAUGCAAAUUAAUUCACUUUUCCACAAUUUUAUGAUAUUGGCAUGCACUUGUAUGUGGAAACAGUGCCAUUACAAUUGCAGUGCAUUAUGGAGGGGUCUGGGAUCUGAGAAAAAUCAUUUAGAGCUAAAUCUGAAACAAGUGACGCAUGUUUUUGAGCAGUAAAGUUUACAAAUAAAACGUUUGGACCUAACAAAGGAU